AAAAGCAGCUCAAAAGCAUAGGCAAGAGGAUAGGGGAAUAUAAAAAUAGUCAGACGAUAAGUAAAAGAUAAGCUUUCUUUCUUUCUCCAUUAACUUUAAAUAAAGCUACUUGCACUACUUUUUAACAAUGCUGCAUGUCAAUAUGGAACUUGCCUACCAGAGUUGGUUCUAAGAGCUUAUUAUUUGCAAAGCCUCUUUGUUUCUGGAUUUCGCUCUGUUAUUGAACUAUGGAUUCUCUUCAAAUGAAGAAAAUUCAAGCCAUCAACAAGUACAGGAAACAGCGGCUUCUCAACAACCUCAUGUUCUAUUCUUUCACUGCAUUGACUUCCAUUUUAUUACUCUCAAGUCCUCUUUGGUAUCCUCUUCUUUGUGCUUUCCUUAAAUCCCUUUUCUUUGACUCUCUUCCCAAAAUUUGCGCACUAUUUUUCAGUUCUAAGUGCAUCUUCAUAGUUGGGAAUAUCAUAAUCAUAUUUCUUGUUGGAGAAUCUAAGAUCUUCAAAUCAAGAUCCUCUUCUUCUUUACCAUCUAAUGUACUGAAACAGAACUAUACAGCAGAGCAAGAAAAUGAAGAGAAGGGUCAGAAAAACUUUAUCUUUCUUGCUGGAGAGACCAAGAUUUCUAGAUCAAGUUAUUCUUGUUCUUUACCCUUUAUUGUAAAUUUGAAACAUGGGGAGCAAGAAGAGGAACUUUGUGGAUAUGUUGAUGAAGAAGAGAAGGACCAGAAAGGUGUUAAUCUUGAAAGUGUGAUGGAUGGAAUUAUGGGAAACUACUGCACCAGCAAAUGCAGAGAUAAUGAAGAAUUAGAGAAGGAAGAGAAAUUUCAGGAGUACAAAUUUGGUACAGAGCCUAAUGAGUUAAGCAAGAGAGCUGAUGAUUUUAUUGCGAGGGUCAACAAGCAAAUUAGGCUUGAAGCUGGAUCCAUGAUUUAGGCCAGCAUUCAGGGAGUAGUUAUAUUUUCCCAUUGUAAUGCCUCUAGAGUUCAACUUCUGUAGCUAACUUGCAUUAUUUCUUCCUUCAGGAACUAAUGCAAAGAAAUAAUGCAAAUGUAAAAUCUGUCCAAACAUGUUAAUGUGUGAACAUUCAGUGUAGAGUAGUACUCAUGUUUUUUUUUUCUUUUCUUUUU